GAGUUUGAGAAGUUGAAAUUGUAAGUUGUGUUUUACAAACGUGUUGAAUAAAAAUUUAAACCGAACUGUUUUUUCACAAAGUAUUUAGCGUGCAAAGCGCGCAGAUCGAGGCAAUAAAGUCUAAGAAUUUAAUUAAUCAACAAGUGUUUAAAUAAUUUUUUAUUAUUUUUUUAUUAAUCAAAAUCAAAUUUGUUUUUGAUCUAAAAAGAGUUGUUUUGUGAGUUUCGCGAAAGAUCAGGUGUUGUGAAACCAAUGAGAACUUGAAGGAAAUUUUUCAGCAAUGAAACUGAACUUAUUGUACAUUGUGUUGUUUUUUGUAAAUUGUUUGAACUGUGCAAUUGGAGAAAACAUAACAGACUCGUUAAGUAAAACAUCGUCACGAGUUGAAGUUAGAAAUGUGUCUCCAAAGCCUCAAAUAACAACGUCAACGACACCACCAAACUUCUUUAUCAGCACACUGGAUAAUAUCAGGAAGUUCUUCUUCAAUCCAACAGCUGAUAGAAGGGUAGAAAAGCCAAUUGCGAAAGCACAAAUUCAAAUUUUACCACGAACAGCAGCUAAUCGACAAAACUUGCUUGUCGACGAUGUAACAAAACCGGAAAAUAAAAGCAAAAUUGCAGUCAUAACAAAACGUAUGAAUGUGGUGGAAGAAGACGAACUUUUAUGUCCAACUGAAAGAGAAGCGAAGUUCGAGUUAUUUCCAGUGAUUUGCAAUAAUAAUCAAGACUGUGUGAAGGUGGGAAAGAGAUUCAGAUGUUGCAAAUUAUUUGGUGGUCAACGUUGUCACGAGGGAUUUGAAAAGCCUUUGGAAGAUGUCGAACACGAGCCUCUCUUUGGAAUACCGAGAAAAUGUCCCAAGGAUCAAUUAGCUGAGAGCUUCUGGGAUGUUAAGAGUUGUGACAUCGACAAAGAUUGUGACUUUCCAAGGAUUUGUUGUCCGAAUGGACGUAAACGUUACUGCAUGAAUAGUUACACAGAACCAGAAGAACUUCCAGUUGGACGGCAAAUUGCAUAUCCAGUUGAGUCGCUUUCACAAUACUUCCAAUGCACACCGCCACCACCAGCUGCUUUUGACAAACAUCCGAAACCAUGCAAUUCAAGUCUUACAUGCUUCCCCAAUGUCUGCUGCCUUGAAGGUGGACGGAAGCAUUGCAGACCACCAAAGCGAAAUAUUCUUGCCGCACUUACCACAUUUGGCCAGAGAUUCAACGUUGGUUGGAUUAAAGAUUUUACUGAUAAUCUUGUAAUUAAACGAAAAUAAAUACAAAAAUUGUUUGAAACUUCUUUUUACGCUC